ACUAACUUAGAUGAAGCUGCUCUGCUUGUAACCAAUUGGAGCCUAGAGGGAAUGCUGACUUAAUAAGCUUUAAAAGUAGUUGCACAGAAAGAGCAGCACACAACUGCUGCACAAAUACCCAGCCCUCUCUUAACUGCCCAGAGACGAUGGACGGGUUUUCCAGCUGCUUUAAAUCUAGGGGGAUGCUGCUCUUUCUGGUUUGUUUCCUCUGCUUUCUGGAGAUUAAUGAAGCUAAACCAAAGACACCAAGAGGAGUUGCAAUUCCUUUUGUAUUUGAUUCGAAAGCUGUUUGUGAACCUCCAUGCCAGCAUGCAGGAAUCUGCAUUAGAAAUAACACCUGCUUCUGUUUUAAAGGCUACGAGGGAGACCACUGCCAGUACGUCAAUUGUUACCCAAAGUGUAAAAAUGGAGGAGAAUGUCUUCGCCCCGGAAAAUGCAGAUGUCCAAAAGGCACUGGAGGCAAAUACUGCCAUGAAGUAACUUGUGAUGGAGGCUGCUGGAAUGGCGGUGAGUGCAUUCACAUGAAUGGCAUUGUAAAGUGUCUCUGUACCUCAAGCUGGACUGGGUCCAAGUGCCAAGAUGCGAUCUGUCCCCAGGGAUGCAGAAAUGGAGGAAGCUGUGUUGCACCAGGAAUCUGUAGCUGUCCAGAAGGCUGGAUUGGAGGAGCAUGUCAUAUAGGUACAUUUUCUUCCAAAGAUUUUAUGUCUUUUACUUACACAAUAUAG